CGAUUGCGAUCCUGCCUCUUUUUAAAGACUUUAUAAAAUUGUGAACGUAGAAGCCUAGGCUACUUUACUCUACAUAACCCAGUUCAACAGUUAUUCAGUUUAACAAUAGACAGCGAAGACUACGCAGUCCAGUGAUGGCGGGAAAUCCUAAAAUUGUGGUAUUGGGAGCCGGGGUUGCUGGAAUAGGAGCAGCCACCAAACUGCUGAGUCUGGGAUUGAAAGAUGUGACAAUAAUUGAGGCAUCUGGAGUGGCUGGAGGGAGAAUAGCUAAGGCAUUUCUUGACAAGUCCUGGGUGGAUACAGGAGCUCAGUGGAUCCACGGAGCGACAGAGGCGAACCCAGUGUACUCUCUGCUGCGGCAGCAGGGCCUGUUGCAGGAUGUGGUGACAGAGGAGGGCACUGAGCUUGUGUUCCACAGCAAGGGACACAGAGUCAACGAGGACCUGUACAACCGUGUGCGUGAGGCUGGGGAGGGCAUCUGGAGACAUCAACGCCGGGGGAACCCUGGGAAGAACAUCGGUGACUACUACGCUGAGAAAUCUCUUGGUCUAGUCAAUAACUUGAGUAUUGGCGGAGAGGCUGAACAAGAAGAUAUACGGAACAUUCUGUCUCUGGUGUGUAAGAGCCUGAUGAUAGACGUUGGUGCGCAUGCCCUCAACAAUGUGUCGCUUGACUCUUGGCAGUACUACACCUAUAUGGGUGAGGACCUCAACGUUGAGGGGAAAAUGUUUCUCUUGCCUGAAAAACUUUUGGAAGACUUCCCUAAGGAAAGGCUGCUGCUGAAUAAAGCUGUGAUGAAGAUCAACUGGGAUGGCGGUUUCAGUGGGCAUGAGAGUCGCAUCUACCCUGUCUGCAUUGAGUGUGCAAAUGGGGAGAAGUUUCUUUGUGAUCAUGUGGUGGUUACCAUCUCACUUGGCUGCUUGAAAUCCGCACCACCAACCAUGUUUGACCCUCAGCUCCCAGAGGACAAGAGGGAGACCAUAGAGAAACUAGCCUUUGGCUGCAUCAACAAGAUCUUCCUGCAGUAUGAGGAGCCCUUUUGGGAAAAGGACGCGGAGAGCAUCAGCCUAGUGUGGGAGAAUGAGACUCCAGCUUCCCUAUCCACAGAUGCCACCCAGUGGCAGAGGAAUAUACCGUUUUUCACAGUCAUGAGACCAAAGGAGAAGUUUGGUCAUGUUUUGAUUGGCUGGUGCUCGGGGAACGUGGCACGGCAUGUUGAAACUUUAACGGAGGCCCAACUCUCUACAGCCCUCACCUAUAACUUCAGGAUGUUCAUGAAUAACCCUGGCAUUCCUUGCCCUAAGAGGGUUUUACGGACACAAUGGCAUAGUGAGGCAUUUAUUAAAGGUGCAUACAGCUAUAUCCCAGCUGACGUGGAUGCUGUGAUCAUGGACAAGUUGGCUCUUCCCUUGUCAAGCAGGAAAAACACCACAGAGGAUCUGCAAGUACUCUUUGCUGGGGAGGCCACAAUGAAAAACAUGUAUGGAACAGUGCAGGGGGCUCUGCUCUCUGGCUACAGGGAGGCAGAGAGGCUGUCUCUGCAUUAUGGAAGACCAGCACCGGCAUCAACUCCAUAUUCGUCUCCUCUGGAAACAUAGCUGCUCCCGUUCACAUAUAGUUCACAUAGGAGACAAUAAAAAGAAAAAUACAAAACAGUAUGUCUUUCCUUAUGACCUUUCAGGAAAUCCUUUUAACAAAAUGGCGGAGACAUUUGAAUCAUGGUAAUUCAAAUAAGGCUCCCAAAAUUCUUUUGAUUUGGAGUGUUCUGCUGCUUUAAAUAAAAAAGCCUUCAGACAGAAAAAGCCUUCAGACAGACAUUGUUGGACAGUCGGGCAGGUUGUGUUACAUUUGUCUUGUGUUUGAAAUAAAUACAGCCAGUGUAUGCAAAACACACAGUAGUGCUUUAUGUUGAUUAAACUGCAUGCUAUUGUGCAUUAAUUAUUACUUGCUCACAUCAUGUUUGAUAAUUGUUUCACACUUUUUUUUACACCGAUAUGUAGGCCUAAUGCCAAACUGUCAUGUGACAAAUGAAGACAUCAUUGAAGGCCAACAAUCACAUUUAUUGGCAUUUCUUCAACAAAUAUAAAACACUACUGUGUUCUGUGCAUACACCACCUGCAUACAAGGUACAGUUUUAAGUGGGCCUAAACAAGCCUCAAAUGUAUCAACUCAAGUUCAUUUGUAUUACAGUGAGAGUGAUAUGAUGUAUUGGCGUCUCUGAAUGCUCUUGCCAGAGAUCCCGAUGAGGAGUGCAUUACAAUAGUCCAGCCUGGAGGAGACAAAGACGUGGAUGAGCUUCUCUGCAUCGCCCA